UUGGUUAUGUGCUUGAUAUUAUCGCCGAGGUAUCUUUUUGUAUUUUUCUGCUGGGGAUGGGCCAGAUUAGGAAGGGCGGUACGAGGGUGGGACUUGGCGUUGAUGUUUUGGAACAUCAAAGAUGGACAGGGUUUUCGCGGAGGUCGCUCCUCAGAUAUCUCCACAACUACAGAUUGGGGAUCUUCCAAAAUCAAGAAGAUUGGUGCAUAUGGCUAGGUCUCUUCACCUUACAAUUUGUAUGGCAAUUUGGCCCGGGGUUGUGGUGUGGUAGGGGAGAAUGGGGGAUAAUCCCACGCAGGAGUUCCGAACAACGUCUGGUUCACGUUUGGCUGGAUAACUCCACCACCACACGGGGUAUGCGGUCGGCGAUGGGGUCAAAAUGCUCGUAUGAUCGAGGGCUUUUCGAUGGAUCUAUCGGCGGGUUCUUAUUCGAAAAAUCGAGCGAGUUCGUGGUGGAGCGGUUGUAUCUUGAGACUUAA